CAAAGGGAUCGAGCGGCUUCGCCGCCAGAGCUUUCUCCACUCAGCUACGACAACUUCAUCAGCAAUUCCACUCGAUCCAGUUUCAAAUGAGUUUUGGAAGAGUUGGAGACGAGCUCGAGCUUCUGUCAAUGAAGUUGCUGGUUUCAGUCACGUCGUGGAGUGACGAGAUCGGGUGUGAGUGGAGAAGGUAGUUCGGGUUUUUUCUGGUUGCGGAUUUUCGUGUAGGCUAACGGAGGCGACAGGGUUGAUUAGAGGAGCUGGGUUGGAGCGAAUUGGGACUUGUGAUCUGUAUUUUUUUCUGCAGCAAAGGAACGAGAUAGGUACAGGAAAGUUUUGGAUAGGCAGUUGCAUUGUUGCUAUCGGUGAGGAAGCGCAGGCAACUGCUGCAAGCAAUUUGCAACUGAAAGUUUUUGAGGUGUAUGGUGGAAGGUGGAGCUACAUUUUGUGCAAAAUUUUGUGGACCAAGUUGUGUUGCGGAGGAUGAGUUUGCAGUCUUGUAUAUACUCGUUUUCGAAUUAGCUCAAAAGAGGAGUUUGACGACAUUAACAAGUGGUGAAGGUCAGGGUUAGAAGAUUUCGAGCACUGGGAAAUUUAGCGUUGUUGUCUGAAGACAAUAACAUACCAAGGAGCUGAACGUGGAAACGAAGAUAUUUUGGUUGAAGGUCUGGCAUGAAAUUGCCAACGAAGUGAAUUUAUUGGAGUAGUGUUUUCUAGGAAUUUGAAGUCGAAAAUGUUCACGAUGCCAGCAGCUUGUGAGUUUUGCAGCGAGGCCUGUGCAACUGUGCACUGCCGAGCGGACUCUGCUCGACUAUGUCUCACAUGCGAUCGGCAUGUCCAUGGUGCAAAUGCGCUUUCGAAGCGGCAUCCCCGUACUUUGCUGUGUCAUUCAUGCAAUGUUCGUCCUGCAGUGGUGCGCUGCUCAUCUUGCCACUCGUCUUUCUGUGAAACUUGCGACGACAAUAAGCAUAAAUUCGCUUUGGGUACCGAUCAACACCAGCGACAUAGUUUUCAGUGUUUCACUGGGUGUCCCUCUGCAACCGAGCUUGCUAUUCUGUGGGCGUCUCAGGCCAAUGAACCUCGUAAGCGUGCCGGAGAUAUGUUAACAUCGUCAUCUUCCAAGGAAGGCGUGCAGUACUCAUUGGAGUCAAGAAAUGGAGCUGUAGCACCAAACCCAAGUGCUCGCUCCGGCGCGAGAGGGAGCUGGAGUGUCGAUACGCAGAGAAUGGACGAUAACUCAAAGAUUGAUGCUAACAUGUCUGGCUCAGGGCCGCCUCCACCCCUAAAGAAAUUGGUCUCCACAAUCACUACUCAAGAGUUGGGACAUGGGAGAGAAGUAUUCCAACAAUUAGAGAAACUGCGAGCUCAGGAUCCAGCUCCAAGCACCAAAUCGAAAAUCCCUGUUUCACUCUAUAAAUCCCAUCCUUCGAAAAUCGUUUUCGAAAAGCAAGAGUUGCUCGACCAUCAUGCGGUUCCUGUUCGUGAACACUCGGAUCAUGAGCCCGCCCAAAGCUCCCUCCCCGUGGUGAACAAGGCAAACAAAGGGUCAGUGGAAGCUCAAGCAGUCAAGUUGGAGGUUGAAGCUAAUGACAACCAGGGAGGCACGGAUGCGUUCUGGCGCAGCAUCCCCAGCAAUCAAACGAAUCAGAUUUGGGGUCAGAACAUGCAAGACAUAGGAAUGUGUGAGGAGGACGAGCGUGAUUUAUGCUCUGGGUUUAAUAUUUCUGAUGUGAAUCUAUCAUUCGGAAACUACGAGGACAUAUUUUCAAGCACUCAGGACCCCACUGCAGCAACUUUCCCUGGCUGUGUGCCCAUGAAUGAAGCCACAACGAAUUCCUCUCAGAUGCAAAGCAUCCCUGAGUCAGACAUCUUAAGACCUCUCACUGGUAAUGACCAGUCCAACUUUCAGGAUGAGUUAAAGGGGUUAGCGUUGGGUCCAGACCCAGUUGAAGGAGAAGCCGGUGUGCAUUUAGGGAGGAAGACUCUGGACGACAUGGAUAUGAGUAACAUGGUCAUGCAGUUCACAAAUGAGCUAGAGAAUUCCGGCAUGUCUUUAGCAGGUUCUGGUCCCAGUGGGGACAGCAGCGACUAUGUUGAGUGUGAUGCAUCAUCCGUGGUCCUUGCUCCCAUCACAUACACUUCUUUGGGCUCCGGAAGCCCAGAUAGUGUAACAUUUGCUCAAGCACGAGACUCAGCCAUGCUCCGCUACAAGGAGAAGAAAAAGAUACGCAGUUUCGGCAAGAAGAUUCGAUACGAAUCCCGCAAAGCUCGAGCAGACAUCCGCAGAAGGGUGAAAGGGAGGUUUGUAAAAGUGGGUCAAGCUUACGAUUACGAUCUAGCGAUUCCCUUCUAAUGGUCCUAGAAACACACGAAAAUCCUCCCAGAGAUUUCAUUUAUUAAAAUCUCAUGAUGUAAAUGCAUCGCCUGUCGUUCGCAUUCUUCCCGGAUGUCUACCUCUUCCUGUAGCAAAGGUUUAGACAAAGCUGUGAUGCACGCUAGGUGCACUGUCAGUAUAACAAUCUGUAUUGGCAUGUGAUCGAUCACAGUGAGGCUGGUUGAUUGUUAUCACAAGCAGCUGCGGUGAGUUGAGCAUGAUGAGGCGAGGUGGUGGAAACGAGUGCUGACAGAUUGAUCAUAUUCAUGGUUGUACAACAUACAGACAACAAAUUGGUAGACACGUGAUUUGAUAACUACAUCCAUGUUCGACAGAGAUGGUGGUGUUUAGCAUGGAAAAGUUUGCAAGGUACGAUACCGAAGAUUGACAUGUAGAGUAAGAAGGCAUGCCUACAGCGGCAAUUUUCUGAACACCGACAGUCUAGAGAUGAAGCUGAUGCCGCAUCAGCUGUGGGUAGUGUGUGCACCAAGUGCAGAUUUUUAUUGAUAUAUUUUUUGGUCUCGUUGAUGAUGAUAUUUAUAUCUUAUUAUUUUGUACACUACUAGAUCAUUCUGAAAAGUUAACAUAGCAGCUGAAGGCUUUAGGCAGGACUGGAGUUUGAGUGAGCUCCAUCACUGAUCCUCAUUUUGUAUUGGCUCACUUUAGCAACGAAGAUUGUUUCCCAUUUUGUUGUGAA